AGAGGAUGCUUCUGUAGAUAAUACUAUUAUUAUUGUUGCUAUUUCUAAGUUAAAAGAGAUAUUAGAAAAAUAUGAUCUAAAAGAUAUUUAUAAUAUAGAUGAAACUAGAUUAUUCUAUCAGAAUAAUAAAUUAUUUUGUUAA